AUGCUGACUGAUGAAGCAACACCAUCCACUGACACUGAACAAUCAGGUGAGCAUAGCAAAACAAGCCCAUUAGAAGAUCCUGAGAUGGAUGAAGCUGCAAGGAAGCCACAAGUAGAUGGAUUUCUUGAUCAUCCAGAUACACCAGAGCCAGCUAUCUUCAGCGAUGACAGUAAGUCAUCUAGUGGCUACCAUGAGAGUAAAGCAGAAAAGCAUUGUCACGUAGAUAAAAUACAGGACUUAAGCUGUUGUGAGUUUGAAGAUAAGUUAAUUGAAGCCGCAUCAGUACCAGUGGAUGUGGGAACAACAGAAACUGCAGAUCAGACUUCAUCUGAUGAUAAUAACAAUGGAGAAUCAGAUCAUGUUCUCGAAAUCACUAGUAACACUGGAAGCAGUGUGCAACAAGAUAUUGUGCACUGCCAUGAGAGCGAUUCAUUAGAAGACGUGCAUCAGAUUUCCUCCAAUAGUCAAGGAGAAAAUUUGAAACAAGAGGACAAUAUGAUAUAUAACUCAACACCAUGUAACAGCAUCUUUGAAGGCAGCUCAGAACAGAAGAUAGAGAUGAACAAAGAAGAAGCUUCAUAUAUCAUCAAAAAUCCAAUUCCUACAAAUGGGAAAGUUGCUGGUGUUGGAGAUCAAGAGGAUAGCAUGAUUAAUCUACAGCAGUUGCUUAUGAAUGGACUCCAAGAUAAGGAAAAGGUACUAUUGGCCGAAUACACUUCCAUCCUCCGAAACUAUAAGAAUGCAAAGCGAAAGCUUACAGAAGCAGAGACAAUGAACCAGGAAUGCUUGAAUGAGAUGAGAGCCACGAUAAGUGAACUAGAGUGUGCCAAUGGAAUGAAGGAUGCAGAGAUUCGGUCACUCCAUGAGCUCUUGAAAUCUUUAACUUACAAAGAUGCAUUGCAAAGUGGUCAUCAAUUGAAUUCAACCAUGUCCCUAAGUGAGAAGAAUGGAAUGAUUAGGGGUCACCGAAGGACUCCAAGUUUUUUGUCAGUUCAUCAGAGGGCACAAAGUGUUUCCUCUAUUCCCAGUAGAAUAAUAAAUAGUUCUAGCCUGAAAAAUAAACCAAGUAUUGAUGCAUCACAUGAUGCUGUUACAAAUCAGAAAAGCAUUAUUCAGGAGGAGCCCACAUCAACAAAUGUAGUUGAGAUGGAUAAAGCAUCACCUCUUGAAAAAAAGUUCAGAAGAGACAUUGAUACGCUUCUGGAGGAGAACCUAGCAUUCUUGAUGAAGUUCAGCAUGUUAUUCCAACAGAUACAAGGAUUUCAGACCAAGUAUGAUCAACUACAAGCUGAGAUUAGUAAGCUAAAGCCAAACAAGGAUCAUACCAAUGAUCAACCUGCAAAAUUGGAAAUGGAAGCAACAGAAAAGAGGCUAAGAGAACUCAAGAUUGAACUGCAAGUAUGGUUGGAACAGAAUGCAAUGUUCAAAGGGGAACUCCAGUGUAAGUUUGAUUCCCUAUGCAGCAUACAAGCGGAGAUUGAAGGAACCAUGGAGAUGGAUGCAGACACCGUGGACAGAGCUAGAUUCACUUCAUAUCAUGUUGCAAAAUUUCAGGGGGAGAUUUUGAACAUGAAGCAGGAGAACAACAAAGUUGCUGAUGAACUGCAGGCUGGUUUGGAUCAUGUGAAAGGGCUACAAAAAGAAAUUGAAAAGGAUUUGGCAAAGAUACUGAGCACCAGCUUAUCUGGGCCCAAAUCUAGCACCACCUGGAGGAAUGCACCCUCUAAAUCAAGAGUACCGCUCCGGAUGUUCCUCUUUCCAGCCAAGAAAAAGAAACCAUCGCUGUUUGCAUGUGUAAAUCCAACGCUUCUUUCAAAGCAGAAUAGCGACAUGGCAUUCUUCACUAAAAUGAGCUAG